AAUGCGCGCGGGUGCCGCCGAUUGUUUGCCGAAGUUUGACAUUUCACCAUUUUCUGUGGAAAUAAAUCUUUUUUGCAAAUUUAAUUUUUUCUCUGAGUUUUCUUUGGCCUUUUUGCGUGGUGUAUUUUGGGGAAAAGUUAAUCUUUGAAGUGAAUUUGGGGUGAAAAGUGUGUGAAAAAGGUGAAGAGUGGAAAAUUAUGGCUGGACAGGAAGAAGCAGUUCGUUUAUUGCUCGUCAAAGCAAAGUAUCGGAAUGUGGAGGCCACGAAGAAAGAUGCAAUGCGGGUGUUUAGAGAAUACCAUGGGCUGACUCAUCUCUGUGAAGACUACGUCUUCAAUGAUGGCUCCAGCAAGAAUCUCUUCAGACUCCAGGGAACAAUUCCUGUUAAUUACAAACAAAAUACCUACCACAUCCCAAUUUGCAUCAUUCUCAUGGAUACACAUCCCAAUAAUGCCCCCAUGUGCUACGUAAAGCCCACUCCGGAGAUGCACAUCAAGGUGUCGCAGUAUGUGGAUCACAAUGGAAAGAUUUAUCUGCCCUAUCUGCACGAUUGGCAGCCUAAUUCUUCAGACCUCUUGAGCCUCAUCCAGGUGAUGAUUAUGACGUUUGGGGACUUUAUGCCUGUUUACAGUAAACCCAAGCAGAAUUCAGCCCCAUACCCGGCAAACUUUGGAAUGCCCCAGGCUUCCAAUGCUGGAAGUGCCUAUCCGCCGUAUCCAACAACCGGAUAUCCCCCAUAUCCAGCUGCAGGGGGUGCGAGUAAUUUUGUGCCAUACCCACCUGCCACGGGAGCUACAAAUUCCCCCGGCUACCCUAUGGAUAUGCCAAUGCCCAAUCCCUAUUCCACCCCGUACCCCCCGAGCAACACCAAUGCCAACAAUGGUCAGGGAACCAUCACGGAUGAGCACAUCCGGGCAUCCCUGCUAAGUGCCGUGGAGGAGAAGAUGUGGCGAAGGAUUGUUGAGCGUGUGAAUCAGCGUCAAGCAGAGCUGGAUACGCUCAAGCGCACAAAGCAGGAACUCGAGGAGGGACGUAGCAAAAUUGAGAGUAUUGUGAGUUCCCUGGAGAAGGAGGAAGCCGAUCUGAAGCGCCAUCUGUCCCAGUUGAAUGACAAAAAGGACGAAUUGGAUAAAUCCCUCGAGGCUUUUGAGCGCAAAGAUGGGAUUGAUGUGGAUGAAGCUGUCAGCACCACAGCUCCACUCUACCGGCAAUUACUUAACGCCUAUGCCGAGGAAGCUGCCACUGAGGAUGCCAUCUACUACCUCGGUGAAGCCCUGAGGAAUAGUGUCAUUGAUCUGGAAACAUUCCUCAAGCACGUACGUCAACUUUCCCGGAAACAAUUUGUUCUGCGGAGUCUUAUGCAAAAGUGCCGUCAAAAAGCAGGCUUGGCUGGAUAAAUUUAUUUUCUUUUCUCUUUAAGUGCAUUUAAAGUGCAUGCUGUAACAAAUAAAUAAACUUUUAUCCAUUGA